GGUUUCACCAUGUUGGCCAGAAUGGUCUCGAUCUCUUGACCUCAUGAUCCUCCUGCUUUGGCCUCCCAAAGUGCUUGGAUUACAGGCAUGAGCCACCGCACCUGGCCUAAGUUUAUUAAUCUUAAAACUGAAAGUUUAACUCUUUGACCAGCAUCUCCCCAGUCCCCCUCUUUGCCCCGUCCCUGGUAAGCACUGUCGUAUUCUCUGCUUCUGUGAGAUCGACUUUUUUGGAUUCUACAUAUAAGUGAGAUCAUACUGUAUUUGCCUUCCUGUGUCUGGGUUAUUUCACUUUGCAUAAUGUCCUCCAGGUUCAUCCAUAUUGUCACAAAUGGCAAGAUUUUCUUCUUUCUUAUAGCUGAAAAUAUUCCAUUGUGUAACUUUUCUUAAAUUUAAAAAGAAACUUUUUUUCUGAAAUUUUCCCCUUUUAUAAAUAAUAUUGCAAUAAAUCUUCAUACAGUUUCAUGCCUAAAUCUUUGUGAAUCUCUGUUAAUUUUCUCUGGAUCAUAUUGCUAUAGAGCCCCCAGAGAUAGGGUUGCAAGCCUGCUCUCAGCAUCUCCCCACUCUCCCCCAUGCAGCCUGAAUCUACCGCCUUCCUUACUGCUGUUUAUUUUAUUUUCUUCCCUUUACGCUUGGUUCAGUCUGUUGUUUACAUUUGCAGUUUCUCUUGCAAAGUUAGUCGUAUGGAGAACUUGUACCCUCCUCCCCUCAGGGAAUGAGUUCAUAAGAAGAUGGAUGCUUUUUAUGACAGUUAUCCUGUGUAAUGCAUCAGGUGUUUUACAUGUAUUUAUUCCUGCCACAACCCCGAGUGCACAGAUGGUUUCAGCACCAUUUUACAGAUGAGAAAACUAAGGUUCAGAGAGGUUAAAUGACUGGGGUAAGCACUGGAACUCACUUUGGAACACAGGGCCUUUGGGCCUAGAAAGCUUACACUUUGCCUUGCUUCUCCCCUAAGUCUUCCCUCACCACUCGGAGACAAAGAAUGAAGAAAGCUCAAGGAAGAGAAAGGAUCAGAGAAAAUGAAGCUUCCCCGAGUGCACCAGGCCACAAAUUCCCAAGUCAGGCUGAGCAUUGGCAAUUUCCCUGCACUAUGUUUAAAAUAUUCUGGCUGUGACUCAGUCACUGACACUGAGCCUGAGGACGAGAAGGUUGUUUCCUACUCGAAGCAGCAGAGCCUGCCGACGGUGACUUCGCCUGGGAACCUGAUGGUGGUGCAGCCGGACCGCAUUCGCUGUGGGGCAGAAACCACUGUCUACGUUAUUGUGAGAUGUAAGUUGGAUGACAGGGUGGCGACGGAAGCAGAGUUUUCUCCUGAGGAUUCUCCCUCUGUAAGGAUGGAAGCCAAGCUGGAGAAUGAGUACACCGUUUCGGUGAAAGCUCCCAACCUUUCAUCUGGGAACGUUUCUCUGAAGAUAUAUUCUGGGGACUUAGUGGUGUGUGAAACCGUUAUCAGCUAUUAUACUGACAUGGAAGAAAUUGGGAAUUUAUUGUCCAAUGCUGCGAAUCCUGUAGAAUUCAUGUGUCAGGCCUUUAAAAUUGUGCCCUACAACACAGAGACCCUUGAUAAACUGCUAACCGAAUCCCUGAAGAACAAUAUCCCUGCAAGCGGACUGCACCUCUUUGGAAUCAACCAGCUGGAAGAAGAAGAUAUGAUGACAAAUCAGAGGGAUGAAGAGCUGCCCACCCUGUUGCAUUUUGCUGCGAAGUAUGGACUGAAGAACCUCACUGCCUUGUUGCUCACCUGCCCAGGAGCCCUGCAGGCAUACAGCGUGGCCAACAAGCAUGGCCACUACCCCAACACCAUCGCCGAGAAACAUGGCUUCAGGGACCUGCGGCAGUUCAUCGACGAGUAUGUGGAAACGGUGGACAUGCUCAAGAGUCACAUUAAAGAGGAACUGAUGCAAGGGGAGGAGGCUGAUGCUGUGUACGAGUCCAUGGCCCACCUUUCCACAGACCUGCUCAUGAAAUGCUCGCUCAACCCCGGCUGUGACGAGGAUCUCUAUGAGUCCAUGGCUGCCUUCGUCCCAGCUGCCACUGAAGACCUCUAUGUUGAAAUGCUUCAGGCCAGUACAUCUAACCCAAUCCCUGGAGAUGGUUUUUCUCGGGCCACUAAGGACUCUAUGAUCCGCAAGUUUUUAGAAGGCAACAGCAUGGGAAUGACCAAUCUGGAGAGAGAUCAGUGCCAUCUUGGUCAGGAAGAAGAUGUUUAUCACAUGGUGGAUGAUGAUGAUGCCUUUUCCAUGGACCUGGCCAGCAGGCCCCCUGUCCCAGUGCCCAGACCAGAGACCACUGCCCCUGGUGCUCACCAGCUGCCUGACAACGAACCAUACAUUUGUAAAGUUUUUGCAGAAAAAAGUCAAGAACGGCCUGGGAAUUUCUACGUUUCCUCAGAGAGCCUCAGGAAAGGGCCGCCUGUCAGACCAUGGAGGGACAGGCCUCAGUCGAGUAUAUAUGACCCUUUUGCGGGGAUGAAAACACCAGGCCAGCGGCAGCUUAUCACCCUCCAGGAGCAGGUGAAGCUGGGCAUUGUCAACGUGGAUGAGGCUGUACUCCACUUCAAAGAGUGGCAGCUCAACCAGAAGAAACGAUCGGAGUCCUUUCGUUUCCAGCAGGAAAAUCUUAAACGGCUAAGAGACAGCAUCACCCGAAGACAGAGAGAGAAGCAAAAAUCAGGAAAGCAGACAGACUUGGAGAUCACGGUCCCGAUUCGGCACUCACAGCACCUGCCUGCGAAAGUGGAGUUUGGAGUCUAUGAGAGUGGCCCCAGGAAAAGUGUCAUUCCCCCCAGGACGGAGCUGAGACGGGGAGACUGGAAAACAGACAGCACCUCCAGCACAGCAAGUAGCACGAGUAACCGCUCCAGCACCCGGAGCCUCCUCAGUGUGAGCAGCGGGUUGGAAGGGGACAAUGAGGAUAAUGAAGUCCCUGAGGUUACCAGAAGCCGCAGUCCAGGUCCCCCACAAGUGGAUGGGACACCCACCAUGUCCCUUGAGAGACCCCCCAGGGUGCCUCCGAGGGCUGCCUCACAGAGGCCUCCGACCAGGGAGACCUUCCAUCCUCCUCCACCUGUUCCACCCAGAGGACGCUGAUUCCACCUCCUAAAACCUGCCUACUUCAGGACUUUUAAGAUUCACAGUCUUCCGCCUGUUAAUGAUGUCUUCAUGUUGAGUUUUACGGCAUGACUGUUGACCUUAAGAUCAGUCUCGUUGCUGACAAUAUUGCAGCCCUGCUGGUUUGGGCUUGCCUCGAAGACUUUAUUAAGGCAUGAAGAAGUGAAAAACUAAGGGCUUUAUUCAACAUCACCAAGUAUAUUAAACCAUAUACUUAAAAAAGAUGAAGACUUAAUUGAAAUACUUACCUCUAAUUUGCUAUAUCAGAAGCCUAAAAAGAAUGAUCAUAAAUGUACUUUACCAGUGAUUUUACUGAAAUGCACUUAUAUUGGUCUUUAUGUAUUUGCUAGUUCAGCCUCAUUUCUAGAAGAGGUUAUAAUGUAAGAUUUAUAGUAUUCAAAUAAGAAGAUAAGUGACUAAUUUUAAAAUAAUUCUUUUACUUUUCUGUAUAUUCAGCAGGGUAUUUAAGUGCUAGGGCUGGUCACACACAACAAACUGAAAAAGACUAGACAGUGAUUAGUAUAAACUCCUCUUAUACAGAAGGCAAAUCUGAGGUUCCACAGAAGUCUGGAACCAAGACUACUCAGUUGGUUAAAUAAAGAGUUAGUCUACACUGGGCCUGCUUGUUCUAGGUCACCACAUUUUCCAUCUCCAAAUAGCCAUCUCUUCUCUCCCUCAAGAAAUGCCCAGAUGUAGAAAUUCAUCAGUGCCUACUGGUCUUGCAGAAUUUUCCAUCUUCCAUAUCUCCCAGGGAUAAGACUACCAAAUUUGUUUGUUCGUUUUCUUUUCAAUUUGGGAAUUUAUACUUCAGUAUGGUUUCAACACAGUUAUGUUUCCAGAGAACAUCUAGAAGUUGUUGGAAACCAGAAGCUGGGGGUUCCCAGGACCCCACUUAGUGCUCUGUUUCCUUUAUAGGUUUUAGUUCUGGUCAUAAAGAGAGAGAGGAGGACCUUUGACUUUUUCUUUGUUGAGGGUUCUGAGGAAGAAAAACAAAUCUAAAAUAGAAAUACAGUCAGCCUUUCAAAUCCAUGGGUUCUGUGUCCGUGGAUUCAACCAACCUUGGAUCAAAAAUAUUUGAAAAACAAUCUACAAAGUUUCAAAAAGCAAAACUUGAAUUUGCUGCAUGCCAAGAACUAUGUUGAAUUCAUGUAAAUGAAGUGAUGUGUAGGCAUUGUAUUAGAUAUUAUAAGAAAUCUGGAAAUGAUUUAAAGCAUACAGGAGGAUGUGUGUAGGUUAUAUGCAAAUACUAUGCCAUUUUAUAUACGGGACUUGAGCAUUUGUGGAUUUUGAUAUUGGGGGAUCCUGGAACCAAUCUCCAUGGAUACCAAAGUACGACUGUAGUUAUCUAUUUUUUACAUACUUAUUAUUACCAUCAUGCUUGGUAAAUCCAUUUUUGCAUAGAAUGUGGAGCCUUAACAUAUGUCAUGAAUUUGGAGUCCCUGGCACAUACAUCUACCUUCAAAUCAGAGGUCCUUAAUGAUGCCUAAACAUACAGUAAAAUUAGAAUCAGAAGUAUUCCUUUAAAAAAUAUUCAAAAUGUGUUUGUUUCCCAUGGGAUUAUUCUCUAUCUCACACAAAAUUUAAAAAUCCACAUUAAUGAUCCAUUUAAGUGCAGUUUUAUUGGGUCAUUUUCUAAUGAUUAAAGGUUCUUUCUCAAUUUCAUUCCUCAGUGCUGCAAAUAAGGACUCUUACUGAAGAGUACUGAAACAAGGACUCUUAACAGCUUCUGGAGUCUUGGGUUUUGUUUUUGUUUUUUGACAUAAAAUACACUAUUGGCCAUGUCCAUCACGAGAGUGUUUGUAGUAAUUAAUUACCUUGCACAGGGCCUGGCACUUAGUAGCAUGCUGCAAAUGUUCCCUCAGUGGUCCUUUUACUCUCCUUGUCACUUAUUUUGGAAAAUAGAGGCACGUGAGAUAAGAAGAAGAAUAAUUUCGAUGUUGGUAUGCUUGCCCUUACUGUUACUUAUAGACAGUUUCCAUCAUAGGCAAACUUGAAUUUGAUUAAGUGACAUUUUAAAAAUAGGGCUGGGAAAAAUAUUCAGUAACUAUAAGCCCCCUUUUGGAUGCCAAAUUUAGAAUUUUGUACAUUCUCUUAUGAACAAGCAUUUAGAUCGUAACAUGGUAAAGCCUAUUACCAGCCAAUGUUGUUAGCAUCUUUGUAUGCACAUCACUGUUUGUGCAAUAUAUGAGUAUUUUGUUACAUUGUAUUCUUAUAUAAAAAUAAGUAGAAAACAUAAAAUUGAAAUUGCUGAUGAGAA